AUGGAGUACAAGGAGAUUUUCAACUUCAUUGAGAACCCCUUUCAUGUGCCAGUGUCAUCUCUGACCCCAGUCAUCACAGCCCUCUGUCCUGACCGUGCUGGAUUAGAAAGUGAGAUAGUGAAGCUGCAGGCAAAUGACACAUUGCAAGCACAGACCAUCGAACAUGGCCCAUUCUCUUUCUUCUCCUCUACAGGUAAUGCAUGUCAAAAUGUCCUCCUGCCGACGCUGAUACGUCCUGCUCUACCCACCAUCCAGCAGUCUCUGGGCAUGAAGCAGUUCCAGCUCCCGUUUCCCCUGGAUACGGCCUCAGCAGUCAGCCUCUUCCCCGGCUUCGGCACGAUGGACCCAGUUCAGAAAGCUGUUAUGCAUCACACGUUUGGAGUUCCUCCCUUGACGAAGAGAAGACACGUCUCGUGCAGCGUGUGCCAACUGAGAUUCAACUCACAGAGCCAAGCCUUAGCCCACUACAAAGGAACAAAACAUGCCAAGAAGCUGAAAUCUCUGGACGCUACCAAAUGUAAGCUCAAAGGUACAGUGGUCACCAAGGAAACCACCAACCAGGAAGUCCCUAAGAGCAUCAACCCUCCAGCAAUGUGCUACGGCACUGACAGGAAAGAUGGCUUUCCAGGUGCAUCGCCACUACCACUAUCUCCUGUGCUCACACUGGCUCCAACCCUGGGAUCCCUGACAUCAACCCUGGCACCCAUGACAUCAAUGUUACCACCCCUGACACCUACGCUGGCAUCGAGUCCCAACUCAUCCACAGGGACAGAGACUACCUCAGCUACAGGAUGGGAUGACAUGGCCUCGCCCAAACCCAGCUCACCUUUAGAACCAGACAUGGAGGUGGAGCAAGAGGCUGAGACAGACCCGGAGACAGAGGAAGAGAAAGCCAGGCGUCUGCUCUACUGCUCGCUCUGCAAGAUGGCCGUCAACUCGGCAUCCCAACUGGAGGCUCAUAACAGCGGUACGAAGCACAAGACCAUGCUAGAGGCCAGGAGUGGUGUGGGCUCCAUCAAGUCCUUCCCCCGGCCAGGGGUCAAGAGUAAGCUAGCUCCGCCCACGAAGGCAGCCACGGGCCUGCAGAACAAAACAUUUCACUGUGAGAUCUGCAAUGUGCAUGUCAACUCCGAGACACAGCUAAAACAGCACAUCAGCAGCAGACGUCACAAAGACCGAGCGGCAGGCAAACCAGCCAAACCCAAAUACAGUCCCUACAGUAAACCCCCAAAAGUCCAGGCCACACAACCAGUGAAUCUGACAGUGGGGAAGGAGUUGUGCCAACCUCAGAUCACCCAGAUAAUGCCCGCUCACCUGGCAGCAUUGGCAUCAGCAGCAGCAGCCAUGGGCUCGGCCUUCCCCGGCCUCCGCUCCACCCACGCUCCGUCCCAUGGCCUCACCCUUUUUCAGAAACACACCCUCCCUGCUGCCCUGCUCCGCCCCGCCCCCGGGCCUGUCAGGACCUCCCAUACACAGUUACUGUUUGCCCCCUACUGACUCACA